ACAUAGUCAUAAAUUAAAACAAGGAAUCCCCAAAAUCUCAAAUACGUACUUUUUCCUUUCACCCUACCCAUUUUUCGAUUACAAGUUCACAACGUCCUCCUCCCUUUAAAUCUUUAAUCUCUGCUCAACUCCCCUCCCUCCUUAAUAACUCAUCUCCUGACUACCAAACUUCAAUGCUGAGAUUAUUAGUUUGAUUCUCUUUAAUAAAUCGGUUCCCUCUAUUCUCUUUCAGUGUGCUCUCUAUAUUACGUGAACAUCGGGCGCGGUUGAAGAUUGGAAGCUUCAACGUGAUAACAGUUCCAGCUUAUACACUCUCGAGGUUUUGAGAAUCAACUAUGUCAACAUUUCCACUAAAACCUUGUCCUACUACGAGACGGAAAAAAGCUAGAGAAUUUCAUAAAAUGCAAACGUUUCCUCCAUGGAGUACUACAACUAUUUGUCCAGAUUACGUAAGUACACGUCGCUUGAUUGAGGUGUUCCAAGUUUGUGUGGAUAAGUUUGAUGACGUGGAGAGACGAGGAGAACUAUAUGGAAAUAUUGAGGUGGUUGAUUUAGAUGGUCCUAUUACCCUGUACCAUCGAGAUAGGGCAAACCCGGAACAUAUACGUGCUAAUUGCAACGUAACUUUAACAAGCCCCCCUUGUGCUAUCCCCUUUACCACUGGCUUUUCUAUUAAUGUUGAUCUCCGACUAUGCGGUGAUUUAGAGGAUAUUGUACUUAGCAAAUGGCAAUUGUCAUGGAAUGUUUACAAACCUGAAAUUGCCAAAAUCGCUAGAGGCCCGUUCUUGAUAGACUUCUCUGAUGACCCUAAGCUGUUAUUAUCUCAAGCGAGUGUCAAAAAUCAAUCAGCUGGAUAUGAGCAACCACUUUCUGCCGUCUUUGAAAGUCCUAAUGGGUGUUGCAUCACCAUGUAUUAUUCCAUAUUCUAUCAUGCUGUACAAGCACAGAUUCAAAUUGAAAUUGUUGAUCUUGGUACCGCGCCUGUUGCUGAAUUCAAUUUUCGGGGGAGUAUAUCUGCCAGAUAUGGUAACUUUUGGUGUGGCAAUGAUUCUGCGAUCAAGGAUUACUGUAAAAUAACACUUUUGAAAUCUGGUGAUUUACAACUAUUGAAAUCUAAGCGUUGCGCAGAACUUCAACUAUCAAGAUCCAUCAUUGCUGUGCCCGCGUAUAGUUCAUUGAUAAUUGAGGCAGACUUGUGGGAUACUUCUGGUUUCAAAAUUGCUAAAGGUAAGGUGGAAUUGGCAGCUUAUAAUGAUGGUUAUAGUGCUGGUUAUAUUAGGGGAGAUGCUAACUUUGGUAUUCGGGUGAUAGUUAGCUGGACGUAUGGAUCCCAGGUUCCCAAAUACUCGUCAUUUUAAUGGUAGAGAUCCAGUGAUGAACGAGUCUGAGGCUGUUGAGCUCCUGGAUUAUACCGCGAUGAUGUGUGUUAACUUGGAAGGGAAAGAGAGACCAACAAUGUCUGAUGUAGUUUCCAAUUUGGAGAGGGCUUUAACUCUUUGUAAAGGAAGCUCUGGUACCUUCUCUCCCCCCAACUUCUAUUCUUUCAGUUGAAACGAAACGCCCUCUCUGCAACAAAUAUUUCCUACGCUUACUUCUCUAGUUUCUACCAAUAUUGGUUGAUUUUGUUUUUGUGUACCUUGUUUUUGUCAUUUUGAUUUAGUGUUUAAUUCCCUUCUUAGUCUAUUAUGCUGUUAGAUGAGUUUGAUUAUGGAAGGGAACAUUUGCCUGAGUGUGAGUUGUUUGUAUACCUAAGUUUUUUCUAAGGAUGCAAAUUAAUGUAAGACAAUCUGUUUAGAUUCUACAAUAUCCGAACUUUCAUGAAUCGAGGUUUCAUCAAUUGUUCAAUUUACUACUCCA